UAUGUUCCAUGCGGAGCCAUCCUAAGUGGCAGGUGCGCGAGCUGAAGGGCUGGUCCGUGUCACUCAGGUGUGCGAGAGCGAUUCAAUUCCUCCUUUAAACGCCGACUAACAGAGACGUCGCGAUGGCCUCCGGAGUUACAGUCCAAGACCAUGUACUGACCAUCUUCAACGACAUGAAAGUGCGCAAGGCAGGGGCCAGUGACGAGAAGAGGAAGAAGGCUGUGUUGUUCUGCCUGAGUGAGGACAAAAAGCAAAUCAUCAUGGAAGAGGGCAGUGAGAUCCUGCAGGGAGAAGAGGGAGAUCCCUACCUGAAGUUUGUCAAGAUGCUGCCCCCUAAUGACUGCCGCUAUGCUCUGUAUGACGCCACAUACGAGACCAAGGAGACCAAGAAGGAGGACCUGGUAUUCAUCUUUUGGGCCCCAGAGAGUGCUCCACUCAAGAGCAAGAUGAUCUAUGCCAGCUCCAAGGAUGCAAUCAAGAAGAAGUUCACAGGUAUCAAGCACGAGUGGCAAGUGAACGGACUGGAAGACAUCAAGGACCGAAAGACUCUUGCUGAGAAGCUUGGGGGUUCUUCAGUGAUCAGCCUUGAAGGGAAGCCUCUGAUUGAUUGAGGCCAAUACUGGUGG